CUUCCUCUAGCAUAAGGAAACAUUUUCUGACAGUGUCUAAAAUAUGGUGUAAGCAGUUUCAAAUGAAAUGGACUUUUUUCUAUGGAAAAUGUUGACUGUAUUUGUCUUUAUUUUCUUUGCCAACAUCUAUGUCAAUGAAGGGUACAAUACGAGUAGUACAUGCCUACCACCACCAAAAUGCUGUAAGAGUUACCAUUCGAAUCAAUCCAAUCCAACCGUUUGUACUGGGUGUUUAUCAGGGUAUUUUGGACAGAGUUGCAUCUUUGCAUGCCGAUAUCCUAACUAUGGACAAAACUGUCAGUCAGAAUGUCUGUGUGAUGAGGAGAUCUGUAAUCAUAUCACGGGGUGUGAACAGAAAACAUGUCCGAAGGGAUAUUUUGGACCUAGUUGUAAUUCGACAUGUCAGUUCCCAUCAUACGGUGCAGGCUGCCGAUUUAAUUGUUCGUGUGACCGGCAACAUUGUGAUUCAAUCACUGGCUGUGCAACUUCAAUCAAAAAUGAGAUGUAUUGGACGACAGAACUUCCACUGAACACGUCAGGAAUAAAUAUAAUGUAUGUUUCUUAUGAACAUAAAACUUCAAAGAAAGGUAUGUAUGACUUCUAAACAACAAAUCCACGUGGUCAAAAAUGAACGCAUCACAUAAAGCCAUGCUUGUUAGCAUUUGCAUUAUCGGAAGCAUUUUUUUUAUCUUCUUGUUAAUAAUCAUUGUUUUAAACAAGAAGAAAAAUGU